UAGAGAAUUUGGCAGUACGCCCAACCGGCCUCACAACUGCAGACCACGUGUAACCACGCCAGCCCAGGACCUCCAGAUCCGACUUCUUCAGGACCAACGGUAUCAUCUGAGACCAGCCACCCAGACAGCUGAUGAAACUGAGGAGUAUUUAUGUCUGUAAUAAAGCUCUUUUGUGGGGGGAAAAACUAAUUCUGAUUGGCUGGGCCUGGCUCCCAAGUGGGUGGGCUGCCAUGGUAUUUGGGCAAGAUCUAAUUUUACAAACUAACGUUAGCCAGCCAUGUUUUCUUUAGGCAGCCUAUAACCUAGGUCCAAUAAUUGAGUAUCUUAAUUGUAACCAUAACUCGCUAACCUAUUAACUACAAACUGACUUGCCUCGUUAAAUAAAAGGGUUAAACAUUAUAUAUUUUUUUAACAGGCUAGCCGAUUAAACUCAACUCCACGAUUUGCGAUGCAGUUGAUUGGCGACUAGUGUGGACAGACUAUAGCUCCGACGUCACAUACAAGUCCGUUUUUAUUAAAAACUACAUGGUUCAGCACCCAAAGAAUAGCCCGCAAUUACACACAACAUUGUUGAUUUUAUGUGAAGUCGCGCUCCAGUGCGCCCACACUCGUCACAGCUCAACUCCAUCGUAAAUCGUGAAGUUUAGUCGGUUACAAGCAGGCUGGACUAACUGCUUUUUUUAUAUACCUACAUCUACAAAACUGUUUUAAAGAAUCAAUAUAAGCUGUCAACACAUUCUGCUUCAUCAGCCAAACGAAUGCAUAACUAUACAAAUUAGUUUUGCUGCCAGCAGCGCUUUUGCAACACAUAAUGCUAGCUAGCUAACGUUAUUCGUGGCGGUAGUUUAAUCCAGAUGUCUCAUAUUUUUUGCCUAUUCACGCAAGUUAACGUUAGUGACAUGUAUAACUGACGUUACAUACCCAUGAUCCAGCUAUAAAACCGUAUUCAAACUAGAGAAUACAACAUAUAUGUGUACAAUCUUUGCUGUUUAAAAACAAGCAAAGGCUUUCAAAAUGUAGUAAUAAAUUCGCUUCAACAAAUCAGGAAACGUAUUACAAACAGCUGGAUGAAGACGUACGUGGAUAGGCUACUGAAUACGGGUGCGUUCGUAAAUUCACUCUGACAAUCUGCUCCGAUUUCUGAGCACUGUCGUCUGAGUGUGCCAGAGCGCAGAAUAGAAUAACUGAUGAAUUUACGAACGCUCAACACCCAUUGAAUACGGCCGGUUUCAGUAAACGUCGGCAAAAAGGGUUAUUAAAAUGUUGCCAACAGCAUGGUUACAGCCACCAACGCUCUGGAUAACAUGAAAACACCCUAACCAGCUCUGCUAGGGAGAGUAAAAUGGUCAUAGUGCGAUUUUUCUAAAAUAGUAAAGAUAGGCAGAGGGAAUUUACGAACGCACCCGAACACAUCCCAAGAACGUAGAUAGAAUGUCCAAUCACAGAUUAGUACUGUACAGCCAACCGCAAUGCCGGUUAUUGUAUUACCGAGCAACAAAACCUAAACAAACCUUUCCUUCAUAUUGCGUGUGUUUUGCUCAAAUAUGUUUCAGAAAUGUUGUAACUAACCGCCUUUGGUUAGUGACCUUGAGUGGAAAAAGUCAUUAAGAUUUUGACCUAAGCCAGGUUGUCAGGUGUCCUACAAUGGCUGGAACAACCUUUUGUGAGGCGUCUGAGCUUUACAACAUUCUCAACCAGUACACUCGCCUGUCCAGACUGGCAGAGUUCAACUUCCUCUGUUUGAUUGAUGCCCGUGCUAAAGGACAGUACAAUGCCAGCCAUAUCAUUACUGCCAGAAAUGCAAAAUGGGACUCUAAAGGCAAACUCAUUAUGCCUGUAGGAGUGGAAGUGGAGAGUAUGAGGUAUAUUGUGGUUUAUGACAGCAGCACCAGUUCUUUACAAGGUUCAGGUGAGGCUAUUGAGUGCGCUGAGGCCCUGACAAAAUCAAGCCGCUAUCCUGUCCAGAUUCUGAAAGGAGGCUAUCAGAGGUUCUCAGCCUUUUAUCCUUUCUUCAGGACACAGAAAAUCCUUUACACCAUAAAGGAAUUGGAGAGCUUGAGACCUUAUCCAGUGGAGCUCUUACCAGGUCAACUCUACUUGGGCAAUUACAAGCAGGCCAUCAAUCCCCAUGUCCUAAAAGAUCUGAAACUGAGCGCCCUUGUCAAUGUCUCUGAAGACAGUUGUCACAUGUUUGAAAAAGGAAACCACACCAUCCUUCACAUCAAUGUGUCAGAUUCAGUGGAGGCUGAUCUGUACUCCAGUUUUGAGAGGAUUUGUGUUUUUAUUGGUGAUCGUCUCAACACUGGAUCUGCAGUUUUGAUCUUUUCAAGUCAUGGAAUAAGCCGCUGUAGUGCUGCGGCCAUGGCUUUUCUUUUGCACCACUUGAAAUAUACACUGGGGGAGGUCUGGGAGCAUGUCCUGCAAUGUAAAACCAACAUGAGGCCAAACCGAGGCUUUGUACAACAGCUGUCCGACUGGGAGCUGCACACACUGGGUAGAAGAAUGACUGAUAUUGCAGAGCCCCGCUAUUGAGAUGAUGGAUAAUUGUUCAUUUCAAUGAGUCUAGAAGAGCCCUGUAAAUCACUGGGACUAUAAUUACCCAAUGCAAAUAAAAAAAGACAUGGA